AUGCCUGAACAGCCGACGCCCGAGCAAUGGGAGAGGCACAGGCCCCUCAUUACCAAGUUAUAUGCCACCAAAACCCUCAAGCACAUUAAAGAUGAGCUGCACAAAAGACAUGGGUUCUAUGCAACAGAGCGCAUGUACAAGGGGCGGUUCAAAACCUGGGGCAUCGGGAAGAACAAACGACGCAAGGCGCUGCUCCCUGGAGACAAUGAUCCCCAGUUGAAGCCGGCCGCCACGGCCCCCAGCAGUGAUACUCCAAGCCCUUCCUCCCCGCCCAUCGAACUGUCCAAAUCCUUCUCUUUUGUAUUGACGCCGCCGGGGCAAUCGCCUCAUCAUUCCCAUUCGGGGUUUGACACACGCUCUACGACAUAUGUCGAUACACCACACUCUGGUACCCUCCCACCGACGCCAGCGACGACAUACCGAUCACAAACUGCACACGAUCAUGAGGAUAUAAACACAGAUCCUGACAUACUUUGCAAAGAGAUUGUGACACUGGCCACGCUUAUCCUCUCAAAACUCGUACCGGGGAGACCAUCAACGGCUGCAUGGGACGACUACACCCCGACCAGUGACCACCUCGCGAUUUACCAAACGCUGCAGCAAGAGCUCAAGCAUGAAAACCAUCUGCGGGGCUGUCUUGUGAAUAAUCCGUCGGUGGAAAUAAAGCCCGAAAUGAAUGACCAUGUCAAGGAAAUGCUACGAUCCUUUCACCCUGCGGUCCCGAUUGGAAUCCUCAGCGCGUUGAACCAAGUAUCAGACAACGGCGUCGUCAUUAAGGAGCUAACACGUUGCCUGGGGGAAGCCGCUAUGGUCAUUCUGCCGAGAAAUCACGAAUUUGCUCAACUGGUCCAGAGACUGCAGCAACUCCUCCAAGCCAAGGUCUUCCCAAAGGCUCUUCCAAAUUUCCAAGCCUGUAUGGAGAGCAUUUGCGACAAGCUCCAAGUCAACGUACUCAAAGUCCUCGGCCGAUGGAGCCUGGUCAUGAUAUACCUCAUUUUCUUACUUAACGCCAAAAAAGCAAAAAGCGAACAAAAGGAUCCAAAGAUCCUCAACAUGGCCUUGGAGCGAUACACCCACGUCCGGUCCUCUUACGCGGACGACCCGAAGCUGGUUAUGCAGUUUGGCCACUUCAUCCUAGGCUACUGCGUCCUCGUUGCCUCCGAAAUGGAACUAGCCAACGGCGUGCGCGACAUGGCAGAGCAAUGCUACCAUCACGCCGAAACGUACCUUCUAGAGCUAGAGGCCUCGUCGAACCCCAAAACCGCAGACAUCCAGGACGCGAAAUCGCAUUUCGGUAAAGCGUGCGCCAUGCUGGCGGACUGCCGCUACGCGCAGGGCCAGCAGGUGUUGGACGAGACGCUCCGCAAGGAAGUCCACGACUGGUCGCGGAGGCUUAUGUUGAUGUCGAUUCGGUGUCACGUCGAAACAGCCAUGGCGACGAUGGCGCAGUAUGAGAAGCACAAGAGUAAGCUUGAGAAGUGGUGCAGGGAUGCGGGCGACGUGGAGAGGAAGCAACAGUUGGAUGUUAUCCACAAGCUUAUCCAGGCGAACGCGCAACGGUCCAUGGACGGGCCUCUUCUUCCGAGGUUUGAAACUUGA